AGGACGUUACACCGAUGUGGUCAACUUCAGAACUAUCGGCACCCUUUAUGAAAAUGAUAGCCUUUAUCAAGAAGUCUAGUUUUUCUAGACUAGUGUAUGUUUUAAAUACUCUUAAAAUAUGCUUCAAACAUUCUAUUGAAGAAUAGCUAUUUUAUACAUUUGACUUUGCUGUGACUUUGAUCCUGUUUGGAUCAGUUUCAAAAUUGAUAUCUGAGCAAAAAGGUGUGAGAUCCCUGUAGGAUAAACUUGAAGCCAUUGAAAGAAAGUUCUUUCAGCCACUUAGUCUGCACCCGAAUCUACACCUAUUCUGUUCAGCUAAGGUAGAAAGAAUACCUUAAAGAAGAACAGCACAUAGUCUGUUUCUGCAAUGCCGAGAAUGAUUGUUACGCUUGUAAAGGUAGUUUGGACGAGGUGAGGAGAAGUUUUGUGCAUUUAGAUCAAAUUAGCAUCAUUGAUGGUGUUCAUAAACAAAAUAUAUUCGUUUCGUUUGAGAAUACACAAUUCCACUGCUGUACUCCUUUCUUCUGGAGUUUGACUUUCAAGGUAUCACACAUUAGACACCUCCCAUUAAUCAGCAUGACAUUAGCUAGUUAUGGGCAUCUGUGAGCUUGUAUAUGCGGAAGAAGGCGGAUAGCUGUGCGUUGUGCUCUGUGACCUGCAGGAGGAGCUUCUUUUGUUAUGGAGCGUAUUGUUCUGCAGGUGAGAACAGAUUGUGACCUUGACUUUCAACUAAACUGAUCAAGCUCUGAGAAGGAGGCAUGAAGUUUUUUCAGUGUAUGUGUAUAAUUUAGUAUUUUGAAGGGUGCCAAUAAUUCUUGAUUCAAUAUCAUAAUCUUGAUAAUUAUCAUAUAUAUCUUGGUGGUCCUUACUUCUUCCCUUGGAGCUUAGAUAACUGUAUCCUGCUGAAUGCUUUUAUAAAUGAUUUAUUUCUUUUUCUGUUGCACCACCUGCAUAAAAAAGGGAGGCAAUAAAGAGGUACGUAGUUUUUCCAGGUUCUUAAAGGGUGCCAAUAUUUCUAUUAAUCCAUCAAUCAUCACGGCGAUUAUAAUCAUAUUUAUAUCUGUGAUCUGUCUGCCCUGGGCUUUUCCGGGAUGGGUUGGUAAUGGGAGCAACUGGCCUUACAACUUCCCAAACAUUACUGCUAACUAUGUUGUGUCUUGGGUGAUCGGAGCCAAACGGUAUCAUGGUCUGGAUAUUAACUACAUAGGGGUAUGGAAUGAAAGGAACUUUGAUUCAAAGUACAUCCAGGUGCUUCGAGACACUCUAGACCGAGCUCAUUUACCAAACGUGGGCAUUAUUGCAGCAGAUGGGAAUUGGGACAUUUCCAGUGCCUUGCUUGUUGAUCCAUAUCUCAAUGAUGCUGUUGAUGUUAUUGGUGUUCACUAUCCUGGUACCACGACUGUCAAGGAGGCGCUGUUAACGGAUAAAAAGCUUUGGUCUUCGGAGGAUUACAGCACGUUUAACGAUGACAUCGGGGCAGGAUGCUGGGCUCGUAUUCUUAACUGGAACUAUGUCAAUGGCAGGAUGACGUCGACUAUCUCCUGGAAUCUGAUAGCAAGUUAUUAUGAAGAUCUGUCGUUCGGUCGAGACGGUUUGAUGACCGCAGAAGAGCCAUGGAGUGGGAAUUAUGUGGUGGAAUCCCCAAUAUGGAUAACUGCUCACACUACACAGUUUGUACAACCCGGCUGGACAUACCUCAAUACUGUAGGGAACCUCACUCACGGUGGAAGUUACGUAGCUUUAACAGACGGCCAAGGGAACCUCACCAUCGUAAUAGAAACCAUGACCCACAAUCACUCGCAGUGCAUUCGUCCUUCACUCCCUCCUUUCAGUGUAUCAGCUCAGGAAGCAACAUUUCAGCUCAAAGGCUCCUUUGCUGCAAUCACUCGUCUCCAGCUGUGGUACUCAAAACUGGAUUUUGAUACCAAAGACGAUGUACUCUUUAAGAAGGUCGAGCCAAUAAAGGUUUCCGGUGGACUUUUUACCUUAAAACUGGGCAUUGAUGAAAUUUACACCGUCACAACUGUCACCACUGGACAAAAAGGCUUCUACUCUGAUCCUCCAGAUUCUGCUUCAUUUCCCAAGAAAUACUUUGAUGACUUCAAUGUCGAAACUACUCCCUUUUCAGAGGCCCCGUACUUUGCUGACCAGACAGGCGUGUUUGAGUACUUCACAAACCUCACAGAUCGAGGGCCACACAAUGUCACUUUACGCCAGGUAGUCAACCAGCGUCCAAUUUCUUGGGGUUACGACGCAGAUCAGACCAUCAGUAUCAUCGGAGACCACAGCUGGCAAGACUUAUCAGUCUCCUGUGACAUUUACCUUGAAAGUGAGAACAGCGGCGUCUUCGUUGCAGCCAGGGUGGAUCAAAGUGGGGAAUCAGUCCGAGGAUCCAACGGCGUAUUUUACUGGGUUUUUGCAAAUGGCACAUACAAAGUGACUAAUGAUAUCGGCGGAAAAAAAGUUCUUGUUGAAGGAUUGUCAGGGACAAGGCCAGGUAUAUGGCACACGCUCACUCUCACAGUAAAGGGUAAUAGUGCCAAUGGAAUGCUGAAUGGUUAUCCUUUAUGGAAGAAUGCUGUUGUUCUUCAACCCAAGAAUGGCUGGGCUGCGAUUGGAACAUCCUCAUUUGAAUUUGCACAGUUUGAUAACUUCCUGGUGGAUGCAGACUGAUCAAUUUUGUUAGAAUUAUUCAGAAAUAUGUAUUCAAAAAUGGUCAGAAUGUCAUGAUUACAACUUGGAAAAUCAUAUUUUCUAUCAACUACACAACGAAUGAAAAUGAUGUAUAUAACAGAUGGGACGAUUUGGGAGCACUGUGUUUGUAGUAUCUAUGGGGAAUUUCAUGAUUUGGGGUGUGUGUGUGUGUGUGUGUGUGUGUGUGUGUGUGUGUGUGUGUGUGUGUGUGUGUGUGUGUGUGGGGUCUUUGUGUGUGGGGGUGUUGGGGGUUAAGUAUAGAUUUUAUCUAAAAAUAUGAAGCUGUGAAUGUUCAAAUCUUUGAAUGUAUAUACUUGCAAAUUAAAUGUUUAUUUUGUAUAA